AUGGUCGAGAAGCAAGGGUUCUGGAACGCCCGAGAGUUCCAGUCACGACUCAUUACUAGGACAUGGUGCAAAGUCUCAACCGUUUGGAGGCGCUUCUGUUCAUGGCCUUACCUACAAUCACCUUCGAAACGCAGAUCACCGUCUCCAUUCUUGCAUAGUCUUGUCCACUUUCUCGUUGGCGGGCCUAUCCCCAGACAAGAUCACCAAAUCCGCUCGGGACAGUGCUCGAUCUGA